AUGUCUCAAAUAAUAUACUCCGCACAUCCCGAUACCAUGCAGGAAUCUCAAGAAAAGGAUGCUUUCAAAAAUGCCGCCACAUCCAUAAACAUCAUGCCAGUUUUAGACCAGGCCUUUUCUUCUUUCCAAGAUGUAGAGGUUUUUCUUGACUGCUUUUCCCGAUUCAAUAACUUCAGUGUGGUCUUGUUGAGGUCGCAAAAAAUAUUCGAUAUCGUCAUGCAAGCUACUUUUGGCUGCUAUCGAUCCGGGAAAUAUCGAUGUCGAUCCUCUUCUUCUCAGAACUUAUCUGUCUCACAACUUAACAUGCAUAGUCAAAAGUCGGUCAAGACAGACUGCCCCUGGAGGGUUAAUGUAAGAUAUUCUACAAGAACCUGCAGGUUUGUCAUAACAAAGGUAAUUCUUGAACACAACCACUCGCUAUCUCCUUUGCUUUCAUCUAGCAAUCGAAUAUUACUCAAUCGAGAUGAGAUGAACUCAAAUUCCAUUCAAAUCACAGACCGUUUGAAAGAAUUUAUCAGCAAUAAUGCCCUGCCCACUGAGAACUCCCCUCAAACAAGAUCUCUCAUCGCGGACUCUAUAUCUUUUUCCAUGAAUACUGCAAAUAAUAUCAAAAGAUCUAGACGGUCACGGAAUAAGCCAUUCCAGGCCAGCUACGGCUCUUCUUCUGUUGUGCUCUCGCAGAGAUCGUGUCUUCAUCAGCUAAAUCACAUUGAAAAUGAUGCACCCAGUCCCAAAAAGUUGGCAGAAAACAAUGACCGACACGUAUAUUUUAAUUGUACACACUCUGUAGGCGAUUCACAGCUUCCAAUUGACGAUUAUUCAUACCCAACAUUUAACUUUUCUUUCGAGGACCAUUCAGAUUUGGAUAACCUAUCACAGGCGAUCAGCUAUGACCUUUCAAGUGUAUUAAGAUUGUCGAUGCCUUCUUUUAAAGAAACAGAUCCAUAG